GCAACUAGCACAGCCAUACCCAGGCCAGGACCCGUGAUCCAGUGUUGCUCUCAGAUGCUGCUGAUGUUACAGAUAUUGUUGGGAGCACCCUGGGGGGGCGCCCUGACUCUGCCCAGUGAGAACCUUCUGGGGUUCCUAGGACCCUUGGAGAAGCACUCUGAUCUGGAUGACUCCACGUUCCAGGAGUUGCAGAAAUGCCACCAGGACCUUCAGAGCACAAGUUAGACAAGGAGAGCCAGGAGGACCCAGACCCCAGCCUUGUCCAAAAGCACAGACUCCCAGGCUGGAAUGGUGUCCUCAUACUGAAGCCCAGAAACGUGCCCUAGCUUUACUAGGAGCGCCCCCACCUAAAGAUCCUCCCCCUAAAUACACCCCUAGACCCCGCCCAGCUGUGGCCACUGGAGUGUUUACUCUGCAGGCAGGGGGAGGAGGGCGGGACUGAGCAGGCGGAGACCGACAAAGUCCGGGGACUAUAAAGGCCGGUCCGGCAGCAUCUGGUCAGUCUCAGCUCAGAGCCGCAACCAGCACAGCCAUGACCGGGCAAGAACUCCAGACACUGAAUGGUUCUCAGAUGCUCUUGGUGUUGCUUGUGCUCUUAUGGCCGCCGCAUGGGGGCGCCGUGUCUCUGGGCGAGGCGAGCCGCGCAAGUUUCCCGGGACCCUCAGACUUGCACUCCGUAGACUCCAGAUUCCGAGAGUUGCGGAAACGCUACGAGGACCUGCUGACCAGGCUGCGGGCCAACCAGAGCUGGGAAGAUUCGAACACCGACCUCAUCCGGGCCCCUGAGGUCCGGAUACUCACACCAGAAGUGCGGCUGGGAUCUGGCGGUCACCUGCACCUGCGUAUCUCCCGGGCCAUCCUGCCCGAGGUGCUUCCCGAGGCCUCCCGCAUUCACCGGGCUCUGUUCCGGCUGUCCCCGACGGCGUCAAGGUCGUGGGACGUGACACGACCGCUGCGGCGUCAGCUCAGGCUUGCAAGAUCCCAGGCGCCCGCGCUGCACCUGCGACUGUCGCCGCCGCCGUUGCAGUCGGACCAACUGCUGGUGAAGUCUUCGUCCGCACGGCCCCAGCUGGAGUUGCACUUGCGGCCUCGAGCCGCCAGGGGGCGCCGCAGAGCGCGUGCGCGCAACGGGGACCACUGUCCGCUCGGGCCCGGGCGCUGCUGCCGUCUGCACACUGUCCACGCGUCGCUGGAAGACCUGGGCUGGGCCGAUUGGGUGCUGUCGCCACGGGAGGUGCAAGUGACCAUGUGCAUCGGCGCGUGCCCGAGCCAGUUCCGGGAGGCCAACAUGCACGCGCAGAUCAAGACGAACCUGCACCGCCUGAAGCCCGACACGGUGCCAGCUCCCUGCUGCGUGCCCGCCAGCUACAAUCCCAUGGUGCUCAUUCAAAAGACCGACACCGGGGUGUCACUCCAGACCUAUGACGACUUGUUAGCCAAAGACUGCCACUGCGUAUGAGGCGCCCUGGUCCUUAGACUGUGCACCUGCCCUGGGGACGCGACCUUAGUUGUCCUGGCCUGUGGAAUGGGCUCAAGGGUCCUGAGACACCCGAUGCCUGCCCAAACGGCUGUAUUUAUAUAUCUGCUAUUUAUUAUUAAUUUAUUGGGGUGACCUUCCUAGGAACUGGGGGGCUGGUCUGAUGGAACUGUGUAUUUAUUUAAAACUCUGGUGAUAAAAAUAAAGCUGUCUGAACCGCUC